CGCUGCCGAUUUCGAUACCCGCGCAUUGAGGGCCCUUGAGCAGCAUGGCCUCCACAGCAACACUGCACGGCGCGCCCUGCUGCUCGGCGCGGCCCGUGGGCCGCCGGCAUAUUGCAGCACCGAGCAUCCAGCACAAUGGGCCGCGCCUGGCGGCCAGGGUGCAGCAGCGGAAGGGGGCAGGGGAGCGGCGCUCGGCACUGCGUGUGCAGGCCGUCCAGGCCCCUCCCGAGAAGGCGGGGGCGAGCACAGGGAGCGCAGCAGACGACAGCGGCGUUUACGACGUUGUGGUCGUGGGCGCCGGCAUCUCCGGCCUCACCACCGCCCAGGCGCUGACCACGCAGCACAGCGGCGUGGCGCGGCGGGUGCUGGUGACCGAGGGCCGCGACCGCGUGGGCGGCAACAUCACCUCCGUGUCCAACAAGGAGGAGGGGCUGCUGUGGGAGGAGGGGCCCAACUCCUUCCAGCCAAACGACUCCAUCCUGCAGGCCGCGGUGGACGCCGGCGUGGCGGACCAGCUGGUACUGGGCGACCCCACGGCGCCGCGUUUUGUGUACUGGGACAAGAAGCUGCGCCCCACGCCCUCCGGCCCCGACGCGCUCACGUUCGACCUGAUGAGCAUCGUGGGCAAGAUCCGGGCGGGGCUGGGCGCGCUGGGCUUCAAGGCGCCCAUGCCAGACUAUGAGGAGAGCGUGGAGCAGUAUGUGCGGCGCAACCUGGGGGCCGAGGUGUUUGAGCGCCUGAUCGAGCCCUUCUGCAGCGGCGUGUACGCCGGCGACCCCAAGAAGCUGUCCAUGAAGGCGGCCUUUGGCAAGGUGUACGACCUGGAGAAGAAGGGCGGCAGCAUCGUGGGCGGCGUGAUCAAGCUGAUUCAGGAGCGGCGCGCCAACCCGCCGCCGCCGCGCAGCCCAGCGCUGCCGCCCAAGCCCGCGGGCCAGACGGUGGGCUCCUUCCGCUCCGGCCUGCGCACGCUGCCGGAUGCCAUGGCGGCGCGGCUGGGAGACGCGGUGCGCACCAGCUGGCAGCUCAAGGAGCUCAGCAAGGAAGGGGAGGCCUACAAGUGA